UGUACACACUGGCCCACAGGGUGAUUCCUGCAGGAUGCAGCGCCUGACGAAAUCGUUACGUUUACUUUCCUUUCCCGCGGGAAAGCUCCUUUCUCCUGCCGCCUGUCCUCCUCUGGGGGCCAAGGUCCUGGCGCAGAGGGAGUACUCCUCGGAAUCCCCGGAACCCGUGCAGCUCAGCUUCGACGUGUACACGGGUGAGGGGCCGGAAACGAGGCCACCACUGGUCACCUACCAUGGACUCUUCGGUUCCAAGCAAAAUUGGCGGGGGAUCAGCAAGGCUCUGGUGCGGAAAGUGCCCAGGAAGGUCUAUGCCAUGGAUUGCCGGAAUCAUGGCGAGAGUCCCCAUUCGAGUGUCCACACUUCGAGGGCGAUGAGCGAGGAUGUGCGUCUGUUUCUGGAGCAGCGGCAGCACCCGAAGGCCGCCUGCUUGGGACACAGCAUGGGUGGCAGGUCCAUGAUGUACUUCGCCCGGAAAUAUCCCGAGUUGGUGGAGCGCUUAAUAGUGGUGGAUAUAUCGCCCAUAAGCGUGCCCCGUUCCACUGGAGAGAUGACGCAAAUCUUCGAUGCGAUGGUCUCUUUGGAUCUCUCACCGACACUGUCCAUGUCCGAGGGCCGGAAAAUCGCAAGGGAAAAACUACUAAAGGCCACCGAGGACGAGACCGUGGACUUUAUCAUGCUGAAUCUCCGAAAGGAUCCAAAGACGGGGGUAUUCUCAUGGGCCUGCAAUGCCCGGGUACUUCGAGAUUUCCUCACCCGCUUCGAUAAUUACCAAAGCAAUCUGGAGAAACUGCCGCCGUACACGGGACCCACCACUUUUAUCUGCGGAUCGCGGUCACCUUACAUGAGACGCGAACAGUGGCCGCAGAUUGUGGAGAUGUUCCCCAAUUCGGAGAUCCACUGGCUGGAAGCCGGGCAUCUGGUGCAUUUCGAGCAGCCUCAAGAGUUCCUUACAUUAGUCAGCGAGUUCCUGAACAGAUCUGAUUAGACCAAAUUCGAUAUGUUAGCCAAUUGUACAAAGGAGUCAAUAAUAGAUAGACUUUAGCUAAAUUAAAAAUGUUAA